AUGUUCAUCAAGCUCCUGCAGCUGUUCGGGGAUGAUGACUUCGCCGCCUCGGAAAGGGACGGCUACGACGAGGACGACGCCCGAGGCCGGCCAUCCGUGUCCGCCCCCGGCACGCCCCGCGUCAGCAGGUCCCCCCGCGUCCUGCCCUCCUUGCCGCCGUAUCCAACCAUCGCCGUCGCCGCCAAUGUGUCCGCCACCGCCGCCGUCGAUAACGGUAACGGCGGCGUUGAGGGAGAGGCAGACGGUGGUAGCGACGACGAUGUGUCGUCCUGUGAAGCGGAGGAAGGAGGGGGAGUUGGAGGCGACGCAGAUGAUAGUCAUGCCACUAGUGGCGGUGUCGAUGCUGACCGCGGGAGGGUGGCGCCUCCUGAACGCAGCCGACGGGGUAUGAGACUGGCAGCGGCACCACCGAGGGGCCGGAAGAGCCUAGACCACGGCGGAAUCGACGGCGAUACCACGUGUGCAAGCGAGGAGUUCCGGUUACCGCCGCCAACGGUGGCCCCGCAUCAGCCACCAUUAUUGAGGCAGCAGGCUCAGGACACAGAACGGCGAGGGGGCGCCGCCGCCGCCGCCCGCAAGUCGAGGUCGUCGUCGGCGUCCCCGUCGUUCCUCUCCGCUUCGGCACGGCGUCAGUUUAACCCCAUCCACGCGUCGCUGUUGCCGUCGGCGGCGUCGGGAGUUCCAAGCACCGGCGGCGGCGGUGGUGGCGGCGGCGGCGGUGGCGGUGAUGGUGGUACGGGUGGCAGCGUAGAACAAUGGCAGCGGCAACGGCCCCCGGUGAGGAGCUGGAAGAGCGAGUGGCCCUUGUACCGACGGUCCAUGUCGGGCACGAGGGGUGGCAGGGAAGACAACGAGACCUCCGACUCCGCUGUUCGGGACGGCCGUAAUGCAUCGUUGUCCGCGUUAGGGAGCGUGGAGGGUGGCGACGGCAUCGGAGGCGCGACGGACUGGGGGCAGUUCGGAGGCGGCGGGGCGGGGGGCAGGUAUCAGCCCGGCUGGCAGUACACCGGGGCGAACGAGGGAGGUGGCGAAGGGGGAGAUGGAUCGACGGAGCCGUCGUGCAAGAGGCGCAUCCGAAGACGAUGUUUGAGCGUGGACGACCUCCAGUUCUUGUCGAGCCGGAGGAGGAACGAGGAAUGGACGGCCGACUGGGAGCGCUUGACAGGCCGCAGAAACACUUUCGACCACAAAGGCGUCGGCAACGGUCGAUCAGCAGCGGGAGAGGGUGGCAACGAACAGAACGGCGGACCUCGGCUUGGCCGCAGCACUAGCAGCGACACCGCCAAGCGAAGCGAUACCCAAGGCACCGCCGACAGCCUCGACAGCAACAACUACUACGAACCACACUAUCUGAGACCCGCGUGGAUGCGGUCGGGCGUAGCCUCGGGGGUGGCGAGUAGCCUCGCCGCGGCGAUUGAGACCAACAGCAACGCGCAGUUCGUGUUCAAGGGCACCAUGCGCGGCGGGUGCGCGCUCCUGGCGAUCCUGAGCCUGUUCCUGGCGUCCUGCCAGAUCAUCAGCCUCCUGCAGGAGCAGCACGAGUGGUAUCCCAGCCUGAUCAAGUACUCCGUGACGGACUCGAAACAGCUGGUAGUGGACAACGCCUUCGUGGUGAAGGCCACGCUGGAGACCACGGGGGAUCCGGUCAUCGUGCCGCCCAAGUACGAUACGUAA